CAGUGCUACCAAUUUUAACAGGCGCCUGUUUCGAGUAUUGGUCUGUGCUGAAACACCCGGACAAUCCGUCACUGUUGAAUUACACAUUUCAGCUGCAGCUAAAAUGUCAAAGCCUCGACUUACCAUUUCCGAACUCCAUAAACGCAAUCGUCUGAUGAGAGAUCGGCUUAACGCCACUGAGUGCACCGGCGAUCCCAAGAUCUCUAAGAUCGAUAUGGUCGGUGAUUCCAAUACUCGCAACGUCAUGUGCGGCGAUCGUCCAAAUGCUGACGGUGGAUGGCAGUCAAAGGGCGUUAAGGCACUAUCGCUGUUAAAUGUCAGCCGGGGGUGGAACUUCUUUGUCACGUCGAUUUCCGGCGGCUGGGCAAUAGACGUCCGUAAUUUUCUCGUGCAAUCUGACGUGCACAUGUUCGCCACUGAGGAUGAAAAGAAGCCGAUUUUAGUAGUAUCGUGCGGUACGAACGAUUUUUGGGAUCUAAUCCACUGUUCCCAGGCCGUUAAGGGGGAAGUUGAAAUGGGAGAGUUUAUCAAGGACUGGGAGGACGUUCAGGCGCAGUGGCUCAUAGAUAUGGCCGACUUGGUCGUGCAAGCGCGUACUCGGUACCACGAGAUCGUGGUAAUGGGAGUGAUUAGCGUAGGAAACACUGACGAGAUCGAGAGCAACCUGGUCAAUCCUAGGAUCAUGCGCGCCAACGAGGAGCUCCAGAAGCUGUGCAGUGAUUGGCAGGUGACAUAUGUCAACACCGAGUCCCUCAAGGCGCUGCGCAAAGAUGGCAUUCACCUCACACAGGAGGGUGGUAAAGAUUUUGCCAAGUUGAUUCGUCGGGCGGUUGAGCGUCUGCAGGACAAAUUGACCGGAAGCAAGCAGAACGAGCUGCGAAAGAAACGAAAGAACGACCGCAACGCAAAAAGCAUGAAGGCGGGCACCUACGUUGCCCCGAGUGCCCAAAACCCGCCGGGUUCCCGUGUGGGGAAGAAGAACAAGUCGCAGAAGGAACGGAAACGCGCCAAGGCCCGGCUGGCCAAGAGUGCAGCCAGUGGUGGUGGAGGUGCUGCGGCAGGAGCGGCCACAGCGGCGUCGGGACCGAACGCUGAGCCCUUGGGAGUGUAUUCCGCCCCUGCGCGCGGGUCUCUGUAGUACGCAGCUGUUGCAGAUAUAUGGCU